GCCGGCUGGAAGGAUGUAGACUGUGUUACAGAAUGUGUCGAUGGUGUGGAAUAUGGUGUUGGGUGUGAUAAAAACUGCAGUACCCGGAUGUGCCAGGGAUAUGAGAGCACCUGUCCCCAGGAUACAGGCCGAUGUGAUGGAGGAUGUCAGCCAGGGUGGGAGGGAGAGGACUGUACAUCAGAGUGUACAGUAAACGUGAAUUAUGGACCCGGUUGCCAUGGUAACUGCAGUGUCCGGAAGUGUAAGGAGGAGUCGAGCACCUGUCCCCGGGAUACAGGGCGGUGUGAUGGAGGAUGUCAGCCAGGAUGGGAGGGAGUGGACUGUAUGUUGGAAUGUCAAUCACAUACGUUUGGUGUUAACUGUUCCUCCACAUGUGGACAUUGUGUGGACGAUGAACCUUGUCACCAUGUCACUGGAACCUGUCUCAAGGGCUGCAGUCCAGGCUGGGUCAGCGACACCUGUCAACAAGAAUGUCAGUCACGGACGUUUGGUGUUAACUGUUCCUCCACGUGUGGACAUUGUGUGGACGAUGAACCUUGUCACCAUGUCACUGGAACCUGUCUCAAGGGCUGCAGUCCAGGCUGGGUCAGCGACACCUGUCAACAAGAAUGUCAGUCACGGGCGUUUGGUGUUAACUGUUCCUCCACGUGUGGACAUUGUGUGGACGAUGAACCUUGUCACCAUGUCACUGGAACCUGUCUCAAGGGCUGCAGUCCAGGCUGGGUCAGCACCACCUGUCAACAAGGCCAAAGUCAAUCUGCAUCGCCCGGAAAUGGUGCCGUCGUUGGUGGUGCGGUUGGUGGAGUUGUUGCUGUAGCUGUGGUUGUUGUGACUGUUCUAGCAGUUUUCCUGUACAGGAGGAAAAGAAAUGCCAGCAAGAAAAGAAGUGAUAAUUCUGUGUAUGAGGACGUGUCUGCCUUUAACCACAUGAACCAGGGCGGCAAGCAGCAGGACCUAGCGUGAAGGCUGGUUAUGAUGAAGAGGAGGAGGCGGUGCGUGAUGCUGAUGGAUCUGGGAAGAACACAGCUGGUACAUACUACAACAUUGGACCAGCCAUGGUGACGGAGGUCGAGGUGGACAAGCUAGGGGACAAGAUCAGAGACAUGCAGGCAACAAAACAGGGAUUUGAGAAGGAGUACCAGAGACUGAUCUCUGGAUUCACGCACACAUAUGAAGACUCUCAGCUUGAA